UGUUUGAGCACGUGAAGCAGAGAGCAGUCACCUCGCUCAUCAUCAUCUUCUUCUUCUUCUCGGUUUUAUCUGGAGUUGACAGCGGGCUGACGCCGAAGGCUAUUUUUUAUUUUUUACUUUUUAUCUAUUUUAACAAUGUUUGACCUGAAGAAGAGGAACAGUUUGACCCUGUCAAGCAGCCGUGAGACGGAGGAGUUCAGACGAGCGGCGGUCCGGCGGAAAGUCAAAGGUACUGACUGCUACACUGCAGAUGGGAGCAGUGAAGUGCGCGGCUCGUACAGCUGUAGCCGCGCUUGUGACAGAGUCUGUGGAUCGGAACCAAACUCUGACACUGCGACAGAGGAGGCGGAUAAAAAUAGACCAGCAAAGAGAUCCCCUCUCAAACCGAAAGUUCCUCCCAAACCAGCUCACCUGCAGAGCCCUUUGAGAGCAGAACAAGAUCAAUCCAGCUGUCAGACUUCAGGAAAAGUUCUAUGUCAGCACACAGAUCCAGGUCCGAGUCCUAACAGAGGUAAUGGAGUUUCUAUUUCCUGUGUCAGCCCAGCACAGGAUUGUCGAGGCUCCCCAAGUCCAAUCAGAGGUGGAGGAAGCCAUUUUUUGAACGUAUCUGGAGCACACAUCAGCCCUGCCAGGCAUGUUCUAGGGAUUCCAAGCAUUACAAGCAGCCCGGUUUUAGGAUCUCCAAGUCCAGGCAAAAGAGGCACUCAGAACUAUAGCCCAUUGAGGGAAGGAGGCUACAGCCCUGCUAAGCUGUCCCCAAGAAACCACAGCCCUCUCAUGGGAAGACUGCGGACUCCGAGUCCUGUUCAGGGGAGGAUGGGCAGCUACAGCCCUGCCAAGUACUCAAAGUCCUGGCUGGGACUGCACAAAAUCUCAAGCGACAAGACGGAAAGACUGGAGAAAAGAGGGAAAUCUUUGAGUGUGCCUGACCUCGUCGUUUACUCGGAUGAGAGCAGGAUUCCUACUGAGAUAGUUGAGCGCUCUCCUCUGAAACCGGUGCGAUCCCCUUAUUGUAAUGGGCCGGCCAUCACCAUCAAAGCACCAGCCAACCAUAGACUCUGUCACACCUCAAGUGAAAGCCAUUUAUCAAGCAUCGGUAAAGAGCUUUCAGCAGGACAAAUGAAUGGUAGCGUGCAGGCGGAAGAAUGUAAGCCUGUAGUUAAUGGGAACGCAGGAAAUGACAACAUGGAAGAAGACAAGACUCCCACAGAGUCUGGCUCCAAGUUUUCAUGCGAGUGGACUAAGGCGGCUUCAGGAAAUGGGAGCGUUCACGAAGAGUCUAGAGGCGAACCCAGUGAAGAAGAGAAGUGGAAGGAGGGGAGAGGAGGAGAGGCUAAAGAUGAGGAGAACGCGGAGCAGAAAUUGUAUAAGAUAGCCAAUGAACUCCUGCAGACAGAGAGGGCGUAUGUGGCUCGGCUCCACCUGCUAGACCAGGUGUUUUGUUCCCGUCUAACAGAAGAGGCAGGUUCAGGCUCAUUUCCUCCUGAUGUGAUAAAAAAUAUCUUCUCCAACAUUUCUUCCAUCUACUCCUUCCACAGCCAGUUUGUUCUGCCUGACCUGGAAAACUGCAUUUGCCACUGGACCGAGAGCCCAGGUCUGGGUAAAGUUCUUGUGCAACACGCACCCUUCCUGAGGAUGUAUGCUGACUACAUCAGGAACUUUGACCAGGCCAUGGAGCUGGUGAGAACCUGGACCGAACGCUCUUCUGCUUUCAGAAACAUCAUCCAGGACAUACAGAGUCAGGAGGUGUGUGGCAACCUCACUCUGCAGCAUCACAUGCUGGAACCGGUCCAGAGGGUUCCACGUUAUGAGAUGCUGCUGAAGGAUUACCUGAACAAGCUGCCUCAGGAAAACCCAGACUAUGAGCCUGCUCAGAAAUCCUUGCAGGCUAUUUCCAUGGCAGCCACACACUCGAACAGCGCCAUCCACCAAGCAGAGAACCUCAAACGACUGCUGGAGAUCCAUCAGAUGGUCGGAGACGAAGAAGUCGUCAACCCAACUAAUGAGUUUCUGAGGGAAGGCCGUCUGCUCAAGCUCGCUGCCAGGAACACAUCAGCCAUGGAGAGACACCUGUUCCUGUUCAACAACUUUUUGCUGUGCUGCUCUCCGAAGUUCAGCCUAGCUGGGCAGCGUUUCACUGUGCGUUGCAGGAUCGGAGUGUGCGGCAUGCAGGUGCAGCAGACCACCAAUGAAGACCACCCCUACACCUUCCAGGUCUCCGGGAAGGAGAAGACCCUCGAGCUGCAGGCCAGCUCUGAACAAGAUCGAGACGAGUGGAUUAAGGUGAUUCAGGAGGCUAUUGAUAUGUUUCAAAUGAAAAACGAAACCUUCAAAUUGGCUUUUAAGGAUCUGAAUGUGGAAGAGCCAACGGAGGAACUGGGCCGACGGGCACCUCGUUGGAUCAGGGACAAUGAGGUGACCACUUGCAUGACGUGCCAGGAGCCUUUUAACGCACUCACCAGAAGGAGACAUCACUGCAGAGCCUGCGGUUCAGUGGUGUGUUGGAAGUGUUCGGAAUAUAAAGUGGCUUUAGAGUAUGAUGGUAACAAGCUGAACAAAGUGUGUAAAGCCUGUUACUCCAUCCUGACCGGCCGGGGAGGUGAGAGGAUGGACAGAAAGAAGCGGAGAUUAUUAGAGUCUGAGGCAUCUCCCGGGUCCUGUGACGGUGUAAUGAGCGGUUUCCUGCAUUACGGUGACGACCCCAUGAUAUGGCAACGAGUCUGGUCCGUUAUCGCCAGGACUGGACCUCCAACCCUUCACCUGUACGCUGCUCCACAGGACGCGAAGCCCCUGUUCACUAUACCUCUGCUCGGCUGCACCGCGGAAUCUUCCCCGCAGCAGCUCCAGGGCCUGACCUGUUUCUGCCUGAACCAGUCCAGAACCAGCCACAUUUUCUUCUGUGACGGUCUGGACCUCAGGCAGAGCUGGUUGAACGUUCUCAAAGUUGCUGCGACGGGCCAGUUGCCGGCGGGCUCAUCUGAGAGCAACAACACUGGAUCCAGAUCUAGUGUGAAUAUCGAUGAUGAGACUGUCAGUAUAGGUGAGACGCUUGUUAUCAACGGUAACAAAGAAUAUUAUUGCUAAAUGUUUGGCGUACUGCAGAAAGUACUCGAAUACAAAUGAGACAAAUCCAUGUGUUUUAAAUGAAUUAAAUCUAGAGGGGAAACUCUGGGAUAUAAAGGUUAAUAAUAGACAAAUAUUCAGACUGUGUUUUCCUUACAAGUGGCUGUGCACUUUAUUUCUGAAAUGGUUUACAGUAAAAUAAAUAAAGUGAAGGUGUUUUAUCAUGA